UGAUGUAGCGUCAUUCGCCAUAUUUAUUUUCGGUCAACAGACACCUGUGAGCAUUACUUCCUUUUGAUUUCUAUCCGUUUGCGUUGUUUGACAACAACGUAACUUACCGAAAGCGUGGUUCGUUGCAUUUUGCAACAGCCGUCUCGGCCUAAGUCUUAGUUAGGUGAAACAAGUAAGCAUUAUUUUCAGUGAAAUAAGUGAACAUAAUACUGCAGGCAUAAGAAGGUGCAGAUUAUUCGGGCGUAUUGGAGAGCAUUUGGGUGUGUCAUAAUGAAGACUGUUUAUACAAUUUUGGUGUUCGCCUUUUUACAAACAGUUAAGGGUCAACGUACACCGACAAUAUCUUACAUUACUCCGGAACAAAUUAAAGAUAUUGGAGGGACUGUAGAGUUUAGUUGCUCCGUUCAAUACGCGCAAGAAUAUCCAGUUAUAUGGACAAAAAUUAAUAAAGAUAUCGCAAAUGAUCAACUACCGCUUUCUCAUGGUAGCUCUUUAAUUAUAAGGGAUACUAGAUUUGCUCUCAGAUACGAUGAGGCUACAUCUAGCUUUUUAUUACAGAUAAAAGAUAUACAAGAAACUGAUGCUGGAUUUUAUCAAUGUAAAGUUUUAAUAUCUGUAAAUAAUUAUGUUACUGCAAAUGUCGAACUACAAGUUCGCAGACCGCCUAUUAUUAGCGAUAAUUCAACCAGAUCUGUGGUUGUUAGCGAGGGACAACCUGUGCAACUUGAAUGUUACGCAGGUGGAUUUCCCUCACCCGGAAUUUCAUGGCGUCGAGAAAAUAAUGCUAUUUUACCAACUGGUGGAUCGAUUUAUCGUGGCAAUACAUUGAAAAUUCCCGCAAUUCGUAAAGAAGAUCGUGGAACAUAUUAUUGUGUUGCUGAAAAUGGUGUAGGACGUGGAGCUAGACGUAAUAUUAAUGUUGAAGUCGAAUUUGCGCCUGUGAUUACCGCACCUCGACCGCGUCUUGGUCAAGCUUUACAAUACGAUAUGGAUUUGGAAUGUCACGUAGAGGCAUAUCCUCCACCAGCUAUUGUAUGGCUAAGGGAUGACGUUCAGCUAUCUAAUAAUCAGCAUUAUAGCAUAUCACAUUUUGCAACUGCAGACGAAUAUACCGAUACAACGAUUAGAGUGAUUACGAUCGAAAAGAGACAAUACGGAGAGUAUGUGUGCAGAGCUGCUAAUAAGUUAGGAACUGCGGAAACAAAAGUGGAACUGUUUGAAACUACUGUCCCUGUGUGUCCGCCAGCUUGUGGUCAAGCGCGUUAUGGGGCUGGAGUAUUGCCAGUCUCCUCAGGACCUUUGGUAGUCGUAGUUUUAUUUAUUACAGUUGUUAUGAGGUAUGUUAUCUUGAAUACGUUUUCUUCCGUUUUAUGUGUUAUAUUUCGAACUUUCCGUUAACCAUUUUUUGAAUGAAAUUGCUUCAUUGUACAAAAUGUUAUGAUUUGCAGAAAUUUCUACGCCAAAUAUUAAUUACUCCGGACUUCGGUGGGCAACAGCAAGUCAAUGCAGCUUGUCCAAGUGGCUGCUAAUAGUACUGUGGUUCCCCAUUCUUAAUAGAUAUUAGUAACACCACGAACAACUUUAGGGGCCUGACUUGUUUUUAACUCUUUUUAGAUGAUUAUUUUUGUAGUUAUUUACAACCAAAAUUGAAUAGUUAUUAGAAAAUAUAUAAAAUUAUUAGGGGCCAGCCAUAUAAGAGACGUUGGCAAGGUACAAACUAACAUUCCAGAUAAAAUACAGUGAUGCAUAGCGAAAAAAGUAAUAUUACCGCGUACCGAUAGUUUGAUAUGUAUAUGUAUAUUAUAUAGUUCUUUCAUAUAUCAGUACAACUGAUAGACGCGAAGGAAGUGAUUGAUAAUAAUGUUAUGAAUAUAUCAAUUCAACCUUCCAGAUAGCUCUGGUAGGAGCUCAAAAGUGCAGCAAUACAAUUUAAAUACUUAAUACUUGUUAAUGCUCUAUUAGAAAAAUUCAAAAUAGCAAUACUCUAUAGCUGCCUUGUUAUGUAAAGUUUGGCAAACGAGAAGAAAAAAAGAAAUUAAUAUACGUGUUAGUACCUUCAUUGUGAUGCAGAGCAUGUAAUUCGUUUUACAGCUAGGGUAAUGGUUGUAUAUUAUAGACGAAAUUAUUUAUACAAUUGUCAUUAAGAUAUUUUGUAUGUGUGUCACUAUGCGCAUAGACUGCAUACUCAUAACAGGGAUCUUCUUUCGUCUCUUUCAGACAACCGCGCGAUAUCGUAAGGGCAGAAACGUAGAAUCUCAAUAAGUAAGAUUUUGUAUGACCUUUUUACGAGUUUGCAAUUUUAUAUUUACUUUUAAACUAAUAUGGAUUUUAAUAAACGAAAAUUGCGUCAAACUUACAUCUUUUUUAUGUACCUAUGUAUAACCUGUUUAAAAAUAAAUAAUAAAGAUCGAUGCUAUACAAAUUUUUUGCCUUCUUUUAUUUCGACAAUUAUCUAGUAUUUUUAUAAUUUAAAAGCAGCUUUACUGAUGUCUCCCCGCUUCAAUGCUUCGAAAGCCUCGCGAUAUUGGGACAAUGAGUAUACC